GGCAAGGCAAUGGCGCGCCCUUGGUGUGAUUACGACCGCUGUUCAGUUCUCUACCCAUCGCCAAAGUCGUCGCCGUUCUCGUCGUCGACUUCGUCAUAAUUCCCGACGCACGUCAAUCUUGACGGAUCGCUUGACAGCUUGCGGAAGAAGCCGAGCGUUCGACUCCAUCGUUUGUAUUCCCCAAGACAGACAGACAGAGAGAGACACAUUUUUUUACGUUCAUAUUCGUAUACACGCGAGCUUCGGAAUAAGACGCAACACCCAGGCCACGAUAUAUUUUACGAUUUUUUUUUAAACAUAUAUUAAUAUACUUUUCUUUCACGCACCGUCAUCGCCAUAGUGUGUAUCGAAUUCAGUUGUAUUAGAUAGCAAACACUGAAGUGUAUUAAUACACCGGCGUAAAACGGUGUGGACAAAUAGAUAUUCUACUCCGGCAUACAUACCCACUACAGUAUAUAUAAUGUAUAUAUAAACUACAGUAUAUAUAGACUGUAUAUAAACUACAGUACAUGUAUAGUAUAUGUAUACUGUAGCACUGUAGUGGGCCAGGCAGUGAAGACGACGCGAAUUCCAGCGGCAGCAUCUUCUCUCUCUCCUCUCGAGCCGCCGCGGUUUGCCGACGUAUCUCGAGAGGGCCCAUCCUGGUAUGACAUUCAACAUGUCUCGUGUCAUAUCAACCAAAGACAAGCCGCGGCACAGACAGUCCAAGGAUAGCGUCACUUUGCUGCCAUGUUUCUACUUCGUGGAGCUGCCGCUGGUGGUGUCUGCGGCCGUGUCGCUCUACUUCCUGGAGCUCACCGACGUGUUCCAGCCGGUGCAGGCCGGGUUCCGCUGCCGCGACCGGUCGCUGAGCAUGCCCUACCUGGACCCCUCGGAUGAGCUGCUGCCUUUCCUCAUGCUCCUCAGCUUGGCCUUCGCAGGACCUGCGCUCUCGAUCCUGCUCAUGGAAGGCCUCCUGUACUGCGUGCUGAUUAAGCGCGGCAGUGAGCACUUGCUGGAGCCAAACAUCAACGCCGGUGGCUGCAACUUCAACUCCUUCCUACGUCGAUCCGUGCGCUUCAUCGGCAUGCACGCGUUCGGCCUCUGCGUCACGGCGCUCAUGACGGACGUGGUGCAGCUCGCCACAGGCUACCAGGCGCCGUACUUCCUCACCGUGUGCCGGCCCAACUACACGCUGCUGGCGGCCGGCGGCUGCGAGGAGGGCGACUUCGUGACGCGCGACGUGUGCACGGGCACCGACCGCCGCUCUAUCUCCCACGCCAGGCGUUCCUUUCCGUGCCAGCACGCCAGCGUGGGCGCCUUCGCUGCCGUCUACAUCUCCAUGUACCUGAACACGGUGCUGACCGACAGCACCAAGCUGCUCAAGGCGGUGCUGGUGCUGGCCUUCAUGCUGUGCGCCAGCAUCUCGGGCCUGGCGCAGACGGUGCAGUACAGGAGCCACCCUGCCGACAUCUACACCGGAUUCCUCCUGGGGGCAGCCGUCGCCCUGUACCUGGGCCGCUUCGUGGUGGACAACUUCAAGCCGAAGAACGCGGGCGGCCAAGCGGCGGCCCGAGGUGACGGCGGUGUGGCAUCCAAGCCCUUCCUCGACCUGGGCCACGAGCCGAUGGCGCGCGCCGGCGAGAGCAUCCCCGGCGCGCGGCGCGAGCGUGAGCUCGACCUCCCUCGCCAGCAGCCGGAGGGGGCGCUCACGCGGGGCAUCGUGGGAGGUGGCGGCGGGGACCCCGGCUGCGGCGGCGCCGGCGUGGGCGUUUGCGGCGGCCCUGGUGGCGGCCUACAGGAGCAGGGCGGCGGCUGCGUCUCGAGCGGCUCCGUGGGCGGUGCGUCGGCGCCGUCGCACUUCAAGCGCGCCAGCCUCGACAUCCAGACCAUUAACCCCAACGCGCUGCCGGGCGGCGCCGAGCUGCUCACCUUCGCCAGCAACACCCUCCCGCGGGCGGGCGCCGGGCCGGCCCCGGAGGACUUCUCCGGCGCCAUCGGCCACAACGGCGGCCACCACCACCACCAGCAGCACCACCAGCACCACCUGCCGGCGAUCGUGUCGGUCGGUGGGGGUGUCGGCGGCGCCGGCGGCACCGGUGGCGGCUCGGCGACCGUGUACGCGACGUCGGACGCGGCGAACGCGUCGCUCGACUCGAUGCGCUCGCGGCAGCUGCUGGCGCAGUGGCGCUCGGCGCAGCGCCACGCGUCGCUGCAGAGCGCCGACUCGACGAGCCGCCAGUCGCUGCAACGGCAGCUGAGCGCGGACCGGCGCUCCAACGGCGAGCUGGGCUCCGGCGUCUGCAUCAACGUGGGCGACCAGCGCUACCCGAUCUCCACGCCAGCGUACGCCAGCAACGCUGGCGCCAGCGUGCAGCAGCAGCCGCAGCACCAGCAGCAGCUGCAGCAGCAGCAGCUGCAGCAACAGCCGCAAGCGUGUAACGGAGGAAGCGCGGCCAACGGCAACGCCGGCGGGAACGGCUACAUUCAGCAAGAUCAAGGCAACAGCGCCGGCAUCGCUGCCGGUGCCGCGCGCGUGGUGGUGCAGUCCCGCCCGGGCUCCAGUCAGCUGGUGCACAUCCCGGAGGAGAUGGCGCACGACGGCCCGACGGCUCCGCCCCCGCCAGCCCCCUCCUCCGUGACGGCGUCGCCCAAGGCGGGCGGCGGCGCCCGGGUUCGCGUCAACGUCUCCGACACGUACGGCAGCCUGCGCCAGCACGGCACCGGCGCGGCGAGGUCGUUCCAGCGGCAGCGCAGCGUGGCCGCGACGCCCACCACCACCGACGCGUCGUCCUCCUCGUCCGGCAGCGAGGUGUCGAGCGGCCGCGGGCGCAGCCCCAGCGACGCCGGGCGCGGGCACCCGGUCAUCCGCAUCUCGCCGGGGACGGCGCCGGGCGCCGCGACCGCGGCGGCCGGCGACGGCGGUGGGGCGCCGUGGAAGUGGAGCGCGCAGGCGAGCGCCGAGCUGCGGCAGAGUUUCGAGAUGAACGACCUGGGCGGCCGGAGGGGGGAGCGCGGGCGCAGGGCCGACGGCGACAGGGAGCAGCCGCCUAUCAUCGCGCCGCUGCAGCGCGCCGCCACCAUCUCCGCCGUGAACCUGAACAGCGCGGCGGGGGGCCAGUGCGACGUGUCCGACGCGUGGGCCGCAGCGGUGGCCGGGAGCGCGAGCCGCGACUCCACGCUGCGCCGCAAGGCCAGCGUGCCCGCCUCCGUGGUGCUGGGCCAGGGCCGCUGCGUGACGCCCGACGGGCUCACGCCCCACGAGCUGUUCACGAGCCGGCGCCACCACACGGUGCACGUGAGCAGCCUCAUGGGCUCCACCCAGGCCGACGUGUGAGCUCGACGGGGGCCCGGCGCCGUGAGCG